ACCCCGCGGCCUCCUAUUGGUCGAGCUGGACGUCCGUCUGGGGAGAACAGGAGGAAGGCGCUUCCGGAGGCCAAGAUGGUGCGGUUCAAGCACAGGUACCUGCUGUGCGAGUUGGUGGCCGAGGAUCCGCGCUACCGGUACUGCAUCGACGAGCGCGCCGUGACCGCCGCCGCCAAGGGCGCCUUGGCCCGCGCCCACGGGGACUACGGGUUGGCCUGCUGCUCCGUCGCCUUCACAGUGAAGUAUCUGAACGCCUACACGGGUGUCGUGCUGCUGCGCUGCCGCAAGGACUUCUACCGCCUGCUCUGGUCCGCGCUGCCCCUCGUCACGCACCUGGAGAGCCGGGGCCAGCGGCACCCCUGCUUCUUCCACACGCUGCACGUUGGGGGUACAAUACGAUCAUGUCAGAAGUUUUUAAUUCAGUAUAACAGAAGACAACUGGUGAUGCUUUUGAACAGUUGUACCAAUAAAGAGGAGAGAGAGUCCAUUCAGAAGUCACUACUAGGCUGCUCUCUUCAGGAAGUAGAGGAACAGUUUCAAAGUGCUGAGGAAGAGGAUGACUGUGCAGAGACAGACUAAACAUAGUGUAAUUAUUUAUCACCUCUCACAAGUAGAGACAAAAUUCCUGUAACUUAGUGUCUCAGACUACCUCUGUUUUGUCAAGAAGAUCAACUAUUGUAGUUCUUGCCUCAUUUCUGCUGCUUUUUUCAGUAAAAAAAAACAAACCCAGAAUAUUGAAUUCUGUGGAGAAGAUCAAUAGAAAAUGGUAAGCCAUAAAGCUUUCCUCUGCAUACAGUGGGGAGGGAGAGAUUAGUAGGAUACCAUGCAAUCUUUCUUGGGGUGUUCAGACAGUUUUGAACACCUUCAUGCCUGGAUGAGGGAGUUCAGGUUACCCCUUGAGGAAGGGGGAAAGUAAAGGACUAUUGGCUUUCAACCAGCUGGCUUGUUUUUAGUAUUCAGACCGGCAUCAACAUAAGCUUUAAAAAUCCAGAAAACUCUCUGAAGAGAAAGCAGAAUCUACUUUGGUACUCACAGGGAUUUUUGGGGGGAGGGGGGAGAAGAGGAGAGAAGACUAGUCUCAUUUAAGGCAGAAUGCACAGUUAUCCAGUAUCCCUAUGACUAGUUAUUUACCAUCAUCCAUUAUGUUUUAUCAUUCUAGGCAAAAGCUUUACUGCAAUUCAGCUAGUCAGCUUAAAGCCUCAGCUGUUUUGAAACCCAACAUCUCAUGCAAGCUAGACAUAAAAGCUCCUGGCUGCAAACCUAGCAUACCUGUGAAUGUUAAUAAAAAAUGAGCUUGA